AUGGAGGACUGCUGGAGGGUGACCAUCACCUCUGACCUGACUUCUGCGUUCCCAGUGCUCCUGCAGCUCUCCCCCAAAGAGACUGAGGCUAUCUGGGAUGCUGUAUCCGAGUACAUUCUGGAAGAGCUGAAGCAGGAUAAGGUGGGCUGGUGUCCUGGGCCCUGCAGAGCAAUCCCUGCCCGAGCACCAUGGCAGUGCACUGAGACUGCCCAGGGUGCCCGGAGCAGCUUCUUGGCCAGCUGGGAGAGAAACCAAGGCCAGAUGUGCUCUGCCUCUCAGGGCGUUCAGGUUGCAGGACUCGGGACCUUUGCUGUUGUCCAAGAGCAAUUCCAUGGCAAACAAGAGCUGCUCUUGGUUCGAAGACCUUUCUUCCAGCUGGACAUCGAUGAGUUGUGGCUGGAGGAGAUCUACUGUCCCACCGAGAUCCUCCCUGAUGGCGUCAAGAUUGAGCCGCUCAACUACGUGCAGCUAUCGCGAGCCACCUCCUUCCCACUGCACGUGGUGAAGAACUGUGUGCAAGAGACCAUCCUCUUGUACUGCUUCCUCCUGAGGAACAAGGAGCACGUCCCCUUUGGCUUCAGGGACAUUGGUGUUUUGACAUGCGAAGAUGGUUUCCUAUGCAUGAAGUUUUAUCUGGACUGUGUCAAACGUCUGGAGAGCACUGCGGGCCUGGUUGCACUGCUCCACAGUGUUUCAUCUGACUGUGAGGAGAAGGCCAGAGGCCAAAGUUUCCACCACCUCGCAGGAGGAAGCUGCAGGAGAGCGCAGGACCAGAAGAGUGUGCUCCCCCCGUGUCCAGGCAGCUCCCCCGGGACGAAGAAGGCAGACAGGCAGGAAACAGCUCCUCGAGCCAAGUCCACCACCACUGCGCUCCCUGCUCCUGAAGCCUCCAGGAGAGCGCUGCAGGAGGUCUGGAACCUGUCUUCGCAGUGGGACCAAACAGACAGCUCAUGGCCCACGUACCAAAAGCUACAAGAGCAAGCCCGGGCAGAAAUGGCUGCGUGGGAAGCCUGGUCUGAGGGGGAGGACCAACAGAUACCCCAGCGAUUCAACAGCCAACAUGCUUGGACUCCCCAUCCUCCAGCCCAGCCCAGGAGCAAGGAGGUCAGGAGGAGGUGGAGGAAGGCUGAGAACCCUGCCCCAGCAGAGGAUUUGGGAGCAGCAGCCAAGCUGAAGAGACUCCAGCCUGACCGCCUUUCCCCACGAGCACUCCAAGUUUUGGAAAGGUUGGAGCCGCAUCGCCACCAACAAAGUAUAUUCAGAAUUGUUGCGGAGGCAAACCGGCUGCGGCAAGAGCAGCAGCAGCAGCUCCCCUGCGCUAGGUGCUGGUACCGCAGUGGAGGGGAAGGUGCUGGGAACGGUGACGGCAGCAGCGGAGCUCUGAGCAAAGGGGCUGGGAAGCUCUCCCGCUUUCCGCCCCUGAAUGGAAAAUAA